AAAAUGGAAGAGGGAGGCAGGGCGCGACGUCACUCUGAUUUCCUGGGCUCCUGCUGUCACUUGAAGAAGCUGUUUCCAUGGUAACAGACAACACAAAGACGACAGGGAGAGUAAUGACACCUGGACAAUGUCUUACCAAGGGUUUAUUAACCGCCUUUCUAAAGAGGAGCAGGACUUGUACGAUAUUAAAAAUGCAGCUGCAGAGUUUUACCGGGUUAAAAAAGUUCCUCAGGAGUUGGAGAGAGCUCUGAACGAGCUCUUCUUCCACAAGCCCGAAGACGUUUACGGUUACCUGGCACUUUACUUUACAAACCUCUCUGCACCACCAAGGAUCAGCAAAGUGAAGGGAAGGGAGGUUUAUGAUGCAGGAGGACAGCUAUCUGUUGAGACAGAGAUCUUCUGCAUCAUCUGCAACAAGGAAAAGAGCAUGUCGUCAGCUGCUAUCUCAAACCACCUCGGGCCUAACGACACUUCACUGGAUUGGAGAACCGUGAGUCAGGAGAAGAUUGACCAUGUGGUGACUGCUGUCCGUUGGAUCAAUGAACCUCUGAACAAGAUGCUGAUGAUGAAAAACCCCUGUGACCAAUCAGAAAUUGAUCAUAUACUCAGUGAUUUUUUCAUGGACCGUUACAUGGAGGAGAAAGACAUUCGGAACCAGGAGGAGGGGAGUCAUUCAAGCAGCAAGCCUGAGAUGGUGCUUCCUUCUCCACCACCCACACAGACUAAAGACAAGAAGAGCGUUGACAAAGCCAAGAAGAACAACACUGCAGAGAAGCCAUUUCCUCCUGCACAGCCACCAGAACCAAUUCUGCCUGGGAGCUUGGCCAUUGGCUUGGUAUCUCUGGCUGUGGCCAAAACGGGGGCACAAAUACAGGGUGUCGAUCUCUACAAAUACAUAGCUGCUCUGAAGAACGAAACGGCUCCGACACAGUUUCACAUCCCUGUCUCCUUGGUAACUUUGCUGAGCUGUGGGAAGAAUUCUCCUGGAAAACUGAACUUAUUGGAAGAAGUUAUCCUGAUCCCCAAAGCAGGACAACGAGUCAAACAAAUCAUCACAAUGACCCUCGAGUUACAGAAGGAGAUGAUGAGAAUAAUAAACACUUCAACAAAAGCUGGGGCCACCCAGGGAAUUCAGGGUAACAGCAGAGCACUAGCUGUGAGCUAUGAGCUGCCCGAGCAGCCUCUGGAUCUGGUCACAGAGGCCUGCACUAACUAUGGACUGGCACUGGGAAGAGAUAUCCAUUUAGCACUAAACUGUGCUGCUCCUGAGCUAAUGGACUAUGCUAAAGGAAAGUAUGAAAUUGCAUCAGGAGUUUUGAAGUCUCCAGAUGAAUUACUUGACAUAUACCGAACCCUCAUCAGUAAAUACCCAGCGGUGGUGGCCAUAAUUGAUCCAUUUAGAAGAGAGGAUAUAGACCAGUGGGAGAAGUUGAGUAAUGCGAUUGGAGACACAUGUUCACUGCUUUCUGACAUCACCUACAAGUCAAAGGUCCCACCUCUGCCAGGAGCCAGGGGUCAUGUCUUAAAACACCUGCGUGAGACAACAGUCAGCGAUUUGAUCCGCAUUACAUCAGAGCACCAAGGUUCGGUGUUAAUGGGAACAACAUGCAGUGAGCCGUGUAGUGAUUACGCUUUGUCAGAUAUAGCUGUGGGUCUGGGCCUGGACUAUGUCAAACUGGGAGGUCUGAGCGGUGCUGAGAGGAUAGCUAAAUACAACCGGCUGAUUUCUAUAGAGGAAGAACUGGCCCAACAGGGAAUCCUGGUGUGUGUACCAUCCGUCAAUCAACAUCAGCGAGUCCAGUGGCUGGAGCAGAUGGUGAAGGAAGGAACUGAGCUGAUAAUUGACUUUGUUUCCACUGAGGGAAGGAAGAGGAAGACGACAGAUCCAAAGGACACUUGUGUCACUCCUCAUCUGAAUCAAAAACUGUGUUGUGUGCUGGCAUAAUACUGAGCUGUAGCAGGACUGCCUCUACUAGAAGAACCUUAUUAGACAUGGAGAAUAUGAGGAGGCAGGGACAUAAAUCGAUUCAAAGGCCUUUUUUAUUCAAGCAGUUCAGCCUCUCACAGGUACUUUAUCGCCCAUGAUGUUGUCCAAAAAAACACAUCCUCCUUGACCCUUUGUCAUGAGAAAUUAAAGGAAAAGCCAAAUAUGCUCUCUGCACAGCUGAUUAGUUUAUUAAAUUCCCUUACAGACCAUUUCCUGUUGUUGAGGUCUACUGUUAUCACUAAAUACAUUAGAAUGUGACUUCCUCCGGCUCCUCAUUUGAAUGAGGAAUGAAUGAGCAUGUGUGGAGUGGAUGGAGUGGAGUCUUUCUAAACAGAGUCCCCCGGAGCACUGCAGUAAAGAAGACCCAUCUUUAAGUCAGCUUUGUGUUUUUAAACUGAACCAAGCAACAGUGACAGUGUGUGUUCGUUCCUGGCAGCUCAGUCUUUUUAUCUGGAGGUUGAUUCAGCUCUGCUACUACCUUUAGUGCCAGCUUGAAGGCUUAACAACAAUGGCCCAUGAUUCCAUGUUUGCACCUUUAUACAGAAUGAUGAGGCGGAAUAAUGGUGCAGCAUUCCCAACUUGAACAGGCUGUGUAAAAGGAACUGUGGAAGCCUGCAGCUGAUGAAUAUGGUCAGAGGAGAGACUUUGAGCCACAAUGACAUUUCCUGCGCACUCUGUUAGUUAGGACUGAGAGCUGGAAAUUGCACCUCAGUGCUAAAUGAAGCCUAAGCUUUAAUUAACAGCAGCACACAAUGGGUGACGGACAUCAGCCGCAGUUCACAGUUCUCAUGUUUCAGUCCCUCACUCAAGGAAGUGUCUGGGCAGGUGUCGAGGGAAAACAAAACAACACGCGAGCAGCCCACCAUUGUGGUUACGGUAAAUCACCAGCACAGUCCCUGGGAUUUUCAAAGGGCGCAGACCGAGCCUCUGCUCCAUACCUGACUAACACCCUCCUCUGACUAAGGAUUAAAGGGAAAAUUCACCUAAGACACUUUAACACUGUUGCAAAACAGCUAGUGGUGAAGUGCUUUACAUUUGUAGACUCACUGAAAUGCUUGGUGGUUUUCAGUCUUAUCAUUCACUGAUGUGUCUUUGUACAUAAUGAUAAAAAUUAGAUUUUAGUUUCAUUUACUUGGAAUUGUGCACAAAAACAGGAGUUUCUUAGUCAGUAGAUUAGAAUGCAGUGCAGCUAUAAUAUAUGUUACAUUGUUACAAAAGAAAGAAAAUAAUUCUGAUAAACUCAAAUACAGAAAAUCACAAAUGAAAGUAUUUUGAGACAUGUCUGUCAUCCAUAAUUAAAGACAAGGAAGUUCCCGUUUAAUUUGCAGUCCCAGCUGGAGCUGGAUAGACUUUAGUUUUGUCUAGAUGUUUUGAUUCCAACUCCUAAAAUUAUGUCAAUAUGCCUGAUGAAUUUUGAAGGGAACAUAACUGUUGGCUUUAUUUGGUUUUAACCGGUUACAACAUUUUUUUUAAAUGAAGUUGUAGGGAGGUAGUCAGAGGGUGGAUGGUGACUCUACAUAGUUUACUUUGACACCAGAUUCUGUGCUCCAUGUACCGAGGCAGGUUUAUGCAAAAUAAAAAAAAAAAAAAGAAAGAAAGAAAUAAAAAACAAAUGAACAAAACCCCCAUGACGUUAAGGUUAAAAUGACUUCAAAAGCCUGAAGGCAGCUAGCAAAAAUAUGAGGUAUGAAAGUUUUAUCAAGAUGAGCUUAAACCAAGCUUUUAUUUCUUGUUUCUUUUUUUUCUUUUAGAAAGGAAUGUUUUCAGUGUUAAUCAUACAUCUCAAAUAUUAAAUUCCAGGAUGAAUCAGCACCAC